GGAAGUACAACUGCUCCUGUAAUACAGGAUACCGACCUCCAGAUGGAGUCACAAUGACAAGUAAUAUAUACCCUUGUCGAGAGAUCAAUGAGUGCACAGAGGACCCAUCUAUCUGUGGUCCAAAUGCAGAAUGUACCAACACUGCUGGGAGUUACAACUGUUCCUGCGUUCUUGGAUACGGCCCUGCUGCUGGUGUUACACUGAUAAAUAAUACAACUCCAUGCGCAGACAUUGAUGAAUGCCUACAGUCUCCCCCCAUCUGUGGUCCAAACUCAUUGUGUAACAACACUCCUGGGAGUUACAAAUGCUCUUGCAAAACUGGAUUUAGAUCCAAACUUGGAACUUCGAUAAGCAGUAUAAACCAAUGUCAAGACACUGAUGAGUGUGAAGAUGACCCCUCAGUUUGUGGUUCACAUGCCAACUGUACCAAUACUGCUGGGAGUUAUAUCUGUUCCUGUCACAGUGGAUACAGUUCCCCUCCUGGAGUCUCACAAGUCAAUAAAUCACAUCCCUGUCAAGAUACAGAUGAAUGUACACAAGUACCUUUGGUUUGUGGUCCAAACUCAAACUGCACCAACAGCAAUGGGAGUUAUAAUUGUUCCUGCUGGAAUGGGUAUAAGGCCCAAGAUGGGGCUAAAGUGAUCAAUGAUAACAAUCCAUGCCAAGGAGAGAAGCAAUUCUGGUCUGUGGAAGGCUGCAUGGCAAAAUAUUCAAAUGAAAAUUAUACAAUCUGCAGCUGCACCCAUCUCUCUACUUUUGCUCUGAUAAUGCAACUGGGCAACAAUAGUGAGAUUGUCUGUUCAAUCAUAGCUGGGGUCCUGCACUUCCUCUUCCUGGCCAGUUUUGUGUGGAUGUUACUGGAGGCCGUACAGCUCUUCCUGCUGGUGAGAAGCCUGGCACAAGUGAGGAUAAUCCAAAAAGAGGGACUGCGUUCUGCUUACCUCCUACUGAUUGGUUACGGCAUCCCUACUGUUGUAGUGGGUGUGUCAGCAGGAUUGUUUCCUAAGGGUUACGGGGAUGAUAAACAGAUAAUACUUUUCAAAUCUGUUGCCCAGUGUGUUGUACUGGGGUGUGGAUGGAUCCUGGGCUUCUUCCAAAGUUCCACUCUGCUAACAUACCUGUUUAUUGUGCUGAAUUCACAGCAGGGUACUUUCAUCUUCAUUGUUCACUGUCUGCUUAACAGAGAGGUGAGAGAGGAAUAUAAGAAAUGGUUCCCAUGUGUCUGCGCAAAAAAAAAAGCAUUGCUGUCUGCAGAGCCCUCAAUAUCAAAGUAG